UAUUGUUAGUAACAGCCUUAUGUGACAAUAGUAAUGCAAAUCAGCUUUGGGAUCCUGGUAUCUUUUCAUCUUUUCCUCUCUCUGUGCAGGACACCCUGUAUUAUGAAACUGUGUCCUGCAAUAUGACCUCUCCUGGUCUGGGGGUCAUGCGUAUCGUCCAGCUCUUCUUAAUGCCAGGCUUCUUCCUUGGGGUGAUGGUUUUGGGCCUACCUCUGAACCUGUUCUCCCUCUGGGUCUUCUCUCGCCGGCUGAGCCAGAGCAACCGCAGCGUCCUCUUCCUCCACAACCUUGCUCUGGCUGACACCUUCUGGUUACUUGCCCUGCCAUUCCUCAUCCAGUACCACCUUGCUGGGAUGCAGUGGUCACUGGGCCAGGCUUUCUGCAAGGCCAUCCGUCUUCUCUACCAUAACUACUUCUACCUCAGUAUAUUCUUUGUGACCUGCUUGAGUGUAGACCGCUACCUGGCCAUCGUCCACCCUCUUCGCUCACCUGUUCUCCUGACUCACCGACGUUCAGUCAUGUUGUGCAUCAGUGUUUGGUUGUUGGCCAUAGUUAUUAGUCUUCCAGUGGCCCAACUGUCUACCACCGCACACUGUCAGCAGGGCAACAGGACUGUCUGCAUCAUCUACGUUUUCAUGGGUGACAUCGAAGAGAGCUUGUUGUAUUCUGUAUGCUGUUCAUUUCUGGGGUUCUUCUUCCCCUUCACUGCACUCAGCUACUGCUACAUCUGCAGUGUGUGCCAGCUGCGCAGGCGGGCUGACCCACGCCUCAGGGGCCUGGCCUGUGAGCUAGGCGCAGCCAUGGUCCUCUUUGGACUCUUCUACUUACCCUACCACUUGAGCAGGAACGCAGCCCUUGUAGUGAUGGCGCUGAUGCCCCAAGAUUCGUCAGCAAGGGAGGUGGCCGACCUGACCUUUUCUCUGGAGAUGUGCGUGUGCAGCCUCACGUCCUGCACCAACCCUCUGUUCAGCUGCUUCGCGGGGAGGCCCAUCCGCAGGGAGCUCAGGGCCGCUCUCACCCGGCUGUGGAAGAGGCACAGAGUGGAGCCUGAGACACGGAGGAAGAAGCAGGAGAGGAACCUGAGUGAGGCGAGGCGGCCGGUCAGACAAGAGCUCAAAUCAAAAUCACACUCAAUGCCUCCCAAGCACCACGCUGACAGUGAUGUCACACCGACACACAGUGAUGUCACACCUACACCUCUGAAGAGGUCUCUCUCCUCUGCGCGCUGAUGUGCAGAAAAGGGCCUAUGCAUGCUACCCAGCAGGCUCGGUGUGCCUCAGUAGCGACUGACAGUUUGAUCCCAGUCUGUGUUACCCAGAACCACAGCGCACUCUGGUGGCCAUUUACAGCACAUACAGUCAUCCUGGAGUCUGAU